GUUAAUCUGUUAAGUGUAUGAUCGGGUGUGCAUGCAAGGAUGCAAAAGAAAGAGAGAGAGAGAGAGACAGAGGAACCUAGAGAAGGAGGAAGAGACAGAAAGAGAUUAGCAAACAAUGAAUUGAUUGGUUGGCUUAUGAAGGAGCGCCACUUAGAGUAUGGCUCUUUUUGAAUUCAAUGUUCUCCGUAGGUCCACAGUUUUGCUUUCCCCAUCGAAGGGUUUUCGAAAGUGCGGUGCCAACCUCCACUGCGAGAGGUUGUUGCGGCCGGUUUUGCCGGGUGGAAAAUCGCUUUUCCUGUAGAAUAUGUAAAUUUCCAUUCGAUCGCAACAGUUCCGUUCGCCAAUCGCACAGAGCCAAGCCAUGCUUCUCUUGCGUCCGUGUCUGUGAUCGCGCCAUUUUUAUUUUCGUCGGUGUUGAGAAAACGAUGAAAUUGUUUGUUAAUCGGCGGCAUUUGAAAAAGGCACUCAUCUCUCUCUUAGGGAACUAUCAUUCGUGUGUUUGGGGUUUUUUUUUUCGAGGGGCCUGACCGCGUGGAUUAGCGGUUUUAUUCAAUACACAGCAGGCGUUGCAUGGUCGCCCGGGGCUACCUUUGGGCCGAGCUUUGAAUCGGGCUUUUUAGUCACCUGUGCACCGAGCAUUCAAAUAGGAGAGAGAGUGAGAUUGAUUGAAAAGAGGCAAAAGGGAAAAAUUGCACAUUCACAAUGAUGAAGCCCGACCCCGCAAUGAUUGGCUUUUUGUUGCCAGAGAACAAAAAGGAAAGAAAAUGGAAACAAAACAAAAAAAAAGUACCGCGAUAGAAAAAAACGAAAACAAAUAUUUAUUUAUUCCCAUUUUGUUGUACGCGCUUCCAUUCCUCUCCUCGCGCUAUACAAACAUAGAGACAUGCAUGCCACGCGCGCCCGCGCGCCACAUUUUCCCAAUAGACAAAAAAUGUUUGGUGCUCGAUCGAGGUGGCAUCUGUAGGUUAAUCAACUAAUAAAGAUCAAACGUUAUCCGUUUCGUUACACCGUUACGCUGGCGUGAACGUUGUCUCUCCAUCUGAAUGCAAACCGCCGCCACCACCAGAGCAGUGAAAACAUAUCAGCAAGAAAUCCCGUUUACCGAAGAGACAAGAGAUCACGAGGGAGAGAUCAGUGUCUUCGGGGCAGAGUAGCAAACGCAAUGCCGGCUCCUCCCUCCUCUGCUUCCUUCUCUGUUCAAGGGUCUAGAAAAGUGUUCCUUUUGCAAACUUUGCUAUGAGUCAGGAAUUAGGUUCUACAAAAAAUGCGUGCGCUUUCUCGAGUUGUUGAUAAAACAAAAAGGGUAUACUACUGGGCUGGGCUUACCGGGGGGUGUCAGCAAACACUGGUGGGGCUUUGUUUUUUGUGUUGUAAAUUUAGUUCUUACAUUUGGAGCGAAGCGGGCAUGAUGCGGGCCCGCUCUUCGGCUUCCUAGCUUGGGGUCUAGACUAGAAUGCUCAAUUGUUCUUAGUCAUGCUGCUGACCUUACAUUUCGUUACGCUUAAUUUGUGAAGACGUCGUACAGUUCAUGACGCUCCGUCGUGGGUGCAUGUGUGUUUAUGUGUGGAUACGUGUGCGUUAUCACGAUGAUAUCAGACAUUCUCUUACAUCAUCAACGAUCGUACUCAGUCAGUUAUUUUUUUUUUAAAUCCAAAAUAGUAAAUGAAAUUCAAUAGAAAACAUACAAAACAUAACGAACACGUGCGCAGAUAGACACGCAUGCACACACAGGACAGAGAAAAAGUGGGAAAAGCUGAAAGAGAAAGCCAGGAAAAACUGGCCAGCAUAAAGCAAACAUGAUGAUAAUGAUGGCGCUGAUGAUGAUGAUGGUGAUGAUGCAAUCACACACUCAUUCCGUUAAACGUUAAAUAGUAAAACUACGAACCAUGGCGGACGGCCGCUACAUUUCGUCGGAAAGGGGAAAAAACGGUAACAAUGGUCACAUCAUUAACAACAGUUUGACAAAGAAAAGAAAAACAGACACACGCCAACACAACAAAAGCUAGAGUGCAAGGAGUGUCUGGGAACUGGGAUUUUGUGCAUUACAUAGGAAAGAGGACGAGAGCGUGAGCGUGUGCUUUUGUCGGUGAUAAAAGAUAGGAGGGGCACGGGAAAAAAGGAGUUAGUUUAGAUGAUAAAGAAAGUUAUGACAAAGCAUUGAUUUAACGCAAUCCUGAUGGUGCCAGGAACAUAAGAUGAUUGACAGAGUGGAGUGCAUCAGUAUGUAAAACAAAACACAAGAACACAACCAAUCGAUCGUUCUAAUACGCAGCCUUGAUCGAAUGGUGAAUGCUUUCUCCAACAGUAACAGUAGUAGCAGCAGUAACAGUAGUAGCAGCAGCAACACCAACGACAAAGCGUGUUCGAAUGUGGUCAAUGCACUUUCCGGUUGCACACGAACAGCACUGGCUGCCAGUGCGUGCGGUGCUUCGCUUGCUAGACAAAAGGAAAAUAGGAAUGAGAAUGGGGGUGCAAGAAACAGAGGCGCACCCCCAGCAAAACAGCGGUUGACAAAUGUGGUAACUCAAACGAGAUAAAGCAAUGGCGAGAGCGCGAAAGCACAGAAAACGGUUAACAACAAGGGAAACGAGAGCAACUUCUUUACAAGCUAAAGCCUGGCUCGAUGAUCGGUGUUCGACACCGCUGUGGAGCGAAGAAGAAGAAGAUGAA